AAUGAAUCAACUGAAAAAACAUAUCUCUGUUAAAUGCAUCAAUUUUAACACAUAAUCUACUAAUACACGUUCUAGAAGUAUUUCAAACCAAGUAUCAAAGAAUUCAACAGAUAGGUCUAGAUCUGUAAGCAAACAAUGCCCAGCUAUUAAGUAGUAUAAUUAGAAUAACUUUUUAGGUUGCCUGUGCCAGUAAAGAAUUCUGAAACUACAUCACUGUCAAAUACAAAAUAGGUAUCUAAAUUAGGAAAGAUAAAAAUUGAUCUAGGGAAUAAUGCGACAUCACGCAGUCAAUAGACGACUUAAAAAUCAAGAUCAAGUAGUUAAAUAAGCAAAGAAGAGUCUUUUCCGAAAAUGCUUCCAGAUUUUGGAAGAAUGGAAACUGAAUUGCUUGAUUGUUAGGAUUUUUUUCUGCAAUUGCCUGAAAUACACUUUCCUACAAAUGAAGAUGUAAUGAAAGAGAGAGUAAUAUUGGCAAAUAGAAUCGCUUAUACAAUAAAGACAAAGAAACGAAUCCCUCCUUCAACACCUGAUUUUUAUAAGGUACCGAAUCUCUAACCUUAGUAAGGUAGCUCUGCUAUGUGAUAGGCAAAGGAGCCUUUGCUAAAGUGUGUUUAGGAAUACAAAUUUUAACAGGUGCCAAAGUAGCCAUGAAAAUAAUUGAAAAAUCAACUUUGAAGAGUGAAAGUGCAAAAAAAAGAUUGUUGUUAGUAAAACUGCGAUUUUAUUUUAGGAAAUAACUAUUAUGAAAAUUUUAUCCCAAUACAAAUAGUUUGCAUAAUUAUAUGAAGUAUUUGAAACAAAAAAACAAAUCUACAUCAUAAUGGAAUAUGUAGAAGGAGGAGAUUUGAUGAAAUGGACCAAAGAGAAGCCCAUUCCAGAGAUCUAAGCCAAAAAUAUCUUUGCUUAAUUGACACUGGCUCUUUAAACUCUCCAAAGUCAUAAUAUCUUACACAGAGAUAUCAAAUUAGACAAUAUCUUACUUUAAGGAGAUUUGAUAAAGAUUUGUGACUUUGGAGUCAGUAGACAGAUUAUUAAAGGGCAGAAAAUAUUAGAAUAAUGUGGGACACCAGCGUAUUUAGCACCUGAAAUAAUAUUCAGUAAAAUUGGUUAUGAAGGAUUUGCAAGUGAUAUUUGGAGUGCUGGAGUUCUUCUAUAUAUUUUGUUAGUUGGCAAGGUGCCUUUUAAAGGAAAUAAUAUGAAUGAAUUGAAUCAUAACAUUUAAAAUGGGUAAUUAAAUUUUAUUGAGAUGAAGAAACAAAAUCUAUCAAACGAUUCAGUUGGUAAAUAUUGUAAUUAAAUAGUUAGAUUUAAUUAAAUAGAUGUUGAAUGUUAAUCCAAAACUAAGAAUAACGUUAACUGAAAUUAUGAAUCAUCAAUGGCUGAAGGAGAUAAAUAUUAAAUAGCAAAAAUAACAACCAAACAGUACAAAUUUAGACUUAAGGGUAAUUUCACAAAUAGAAUAAUUUGGGUAUUAAAGGGAAUUCAUUAUAAAAAGCUUGCAAAAGUAAACAUUUUGUCAUAUUAAUGCCAUCUAUUCAAUAUUAACCAGUGUAUAAAAAUGA